UUGCGUUGGAAAGGCGUACCGUUCGGCCUGACACCACAACAAAACACUGACACACUCAUACUCGUCAUUGACGCGUCGUUUGUGCCUCGAAAACCGAUUCAGUGA